UAUUCCCUUUCUUCAUCUUCAUUUUCAGCUAAACCGACUCUGACUGCUAUAAAAGAUCUCUCUGUUAAAAUCUUGCUCUUCGAAACUUCAAUCCGCCUCAAUUUUCGACUGGGUUUAAUCUCCAGAUAUGGCGGAAGACUCGGGGAUGUUUACGGUGUCCCAGACUAUUGGCAGCGUCCUAUGCUGCAAAUGCGGUAUCACGAUGCAACCAAAUGCUGCGAAUAUGUGCACUAGAUGCCUACAGUCCGAAAUCGACAUAACAGAAGGGCUUCAGAAGCAAGUUACGAUUAUCCAUUGUCCGGAAUGUAAUAAAUAUCUGCAGCCCCCAAAGACGUGGACUAGAGCAGAGCUGGAGUCGAAGAAGCUUCUCUCGUUCUGCAUCAGAAGGCUGAAGAACUUGAACAAAGUGCGGUUGGUUAAUGCGGAAUUUGUUUGGACUGAGCCUCACUCCAAACGGAUUAAAGUCAAGCUGAGGGUUCGGAAGGAGGUUCUCAAUGGUGCAGUGCUUGAGCAGUCUUACACUGUCGAAUAUGUCGUGCAGGAUCAGAUGUGCGAGACUUGCUCGAGGGCCCAGGCUAAUCCUAACCAGUGGGUGGCUGUGGUGCAGCUGAGGCAGCAUGUUUCUCACAGGCGCACUUUCUUCUAUCUCGAGCAGCUUAUUCUCAAGCAAGAUGCUGCGAAAUCCGCCAUCAGGGUGAGGCAGAUGGACCAGGGUAUCGAUUUCUUCUUCAAUAACCGGAGUCAUGCUUUGAAGUUUGUUGAGUUCUUGGGGAAAUACGUGCCGAUAAGGACACGUAGCGACAAGCAGCUUAUAUCUCAUGAUCCGAAGAGUAACAGUUACAACUACAACUACACUUUCUCAGUCGAGAUCAGUCCCAUUUGUCGUGAGGAUUUGAUCUGCCUGCCUCCGAAAGUUGCUGCUGGCCUGGGGAAUCCCGGGCCACUCGUGAUAUGCAACAAAGUAAGCAGCAGUAUAUCGUUGUUGGAUCCAUUCACCCUCAGGCAAAGCUUCCUCGAUGCGGAUCAGUAUUGGAGGUCGAAUUUCAAGGCCUUGAUGUCGAGCAGACAGCUCGUGGAGUACAUAGUGCUAGAUGUUGAGGCCACAUCCUCGGAAGUCAAUGUUGGUGGAUCCAGAUGCCUCCUUGCCGACGCCCAAAUAGCCCGUGUAUCGGAUUUUGGGAAGAACGACACCAUCUUCAACGUGAGGACGCAUCUGGGGCACAUCCUGAACGCGGGCGACUACGCCCUUGGUUACGAUCUAUGCAGCACCAACAGCAAUGACAUCGAACUGGACAAGUACAAAGGCCUUGUUCUCCCGGAAGUGAUUCUGAUCAAGAAGAGCUAUGAGGAGAAGCGUCAGAAGAAACGCGGGAAGCCCCGAGCCUGGAAGCUCAGGUCCCUCAACAUGGACGUCGACACACCUACAAAAGGCGGGGGAGGUAGCGACGAGAAGAUGGCCUCGGAGUAUGAACAGUUCUUGAGGGAAUUGGAGGAGAACCCUGACCUGAGGUUCAAUUUGUCUCUGUAUCGGAACAAGGACUACCAGCCGUCGGAAGUGGCGUCCGUGGUCGGCGUCGAGGAUCCUCCUUCGAUUCCCUUGGACGAGCUGCUCGCUGAUCUCGAUAUAAGCGAUGGUGACGAUGACGAUGAUGAGACGAUAGACCUCGAUAGCAUCCGAGGGUGAUUGAUAUAUAUUGCAUAUGGUUUUCCAAGUUUAAUGUCUGUAAACUCUUUCAAAUUAUUUGAUUUUGAUUUUUUGAGGUUA